CAGGUACUAGAGACCAGCCAGAAGCUGAUGGUGGUGGAGCACUGGAAGCUGACCAGCUAGCCUCCAAUGAGCGAGGAAUGAGAAUGUGAAGAAUAGAAAGCUGGUUGUAAAUCGCUGUGGGAAGGACCAGCUGUUCAAGAGCAUCCCGGACCAGAGCCAGGCACAGUUGAGACUUGGCUGGGACAUAACACCGCGGCAGAUUCCUCUGCAGCAAUGUCGGUGUUAGAAGAAAGCCGGCCGUUUGCUCAACAGCUAUCCAAUGUCUAUUUUACGAUACUCUCCCUUUUCUGCUUUAAACUUUUUGUGAAAAUCAGCCUUGCCAUCCUUAGUCAUUUCUACAUCGUGAAAGGCAACCGAAAGGAAGCCGCGAGGAUAGCAGCUGAAUUUUAUGGAGUAACCCAAGGACAAGGAUCCUGGGCAGAUCGAUCACCACUGCAUGAAGCUGCAAGUCAAGGUCGCCUCCUUGCUCUGAGGACAUUAUUAUCACAAGGCUACAAUGUAAAUGCAGUAACGAUAGACCAUGUCACCCCACUCCAUGAGGCCUGCCUAGGUGAUCACGUGGCAUGUGCAAGGACCCUUCUGGAAGCUGGGGCUAACGUAAAUGCAAUCACAAUAGAUGGUGUGACUCCCUUGUUCAAUGCAUGCUCACAAGGCAGCGCCUGCUGUGCAGAACUCCUUUUGGAAUAUGGUGCCAAAGCUCAACUCGAGUCCUGUUUUCCAUCUCCAACACACGAGGCUGCCAGUAAAGGUUACCAUGAAUGCCUCGACAUUUUGAUAGCCUGGGGCAUAGAUGUUGACCAAGACAUUCCUCACUUGGGGACUCCUCUUUAUGUAGCUUGUAUGUCACAGCAGUUUCACUGCAUCUGGAAGCUUCUUUAUGCUGGGGCUGAUGUCCACAAGGGCAAGUUCUGGGACACUCCACUACAUGCUGCUGCUCAACAACCGAGUACUGAAAUUGUGAACUUAUUGCUAGAAUUUGGAGCAGAUAUCAAUGCCAAGAACAUGGAACUUUUGCGGCCUAUCGAUGUGGCUACAUCUAACAGUGCUGUAGAAAGAACACUUCUUCAACAUGAAGCUACCCCAAGCUCUCUUUGCCAGCUCUGCCGACUCUGUAUCCGCAACUACAUAGGAAGACAAAGGUUGCACCUCAUUUCCCAGCUCCAGUUACCAACAUUGCUGCAGAAUUUCUUACAGUACCGAUAACAGAGUAAAUAGCUUUACAUUCUCGGAAAAUCAAAAAUUUUUAUUUCAUUUUCUUCUUGACAUAUAGAAUGAUAAGUGUGAAGGUGAAUAUGAGUUCACCCAAGAAAGCAGUAAAAUAUCAAUGGAUUUUCAUUUAAACAAUACUCAUGAGCACUGUUUAUGAAUUUUUAUUGUCUUCUGAUUAUGUUUAAAAUAUAUGUACCAUCUUAGCAUUCUCAGUGUACCUUCUUGAUUUAGGGAAAAAUGAGAAUUUAAUUUUUUUAUUAUAGAGCAGAGAAGAAAAUUGCAUACUUUUACUGAAAUUUUAAUUUAAUUGUAAAUUUCAUCUUGUGUUACAUUUUGAAGGAUCUGUAUUUAUUCUUCAAAUAAUGGAUUAACUGUAAUUUCAACUGCUGUCAUUGGUUAUCUCUGUGUUUUUAAUAUUGACAAAAAAAAUUAGAGCAACUAAUAUG